AUGUGCCACUUUCGGGUCUCCUCACACUGCUGCCAGGUCCAUACUGAUUCAUGGCCCCCUGCCUCUGUAUGGCCUUCAAUUUAAGCUGCUUACGCUUCGCCACUCUGCCAUGGGCCCCUGUACCGCCUCCUCUUGCUGCUGCCAGGUCCAGAGUGUGUCAUGGGUCCCUGUACGGCCUCCCAUUGCUGCUGACUUCAUCGCCAGACUCUGCCAUGUGCCACUUUCAGGUCUCCUUACACUGUUGGUGGGUUCCAUUUUGUGAUAGGGUGCUGUAUGGCCUUCCAUUGCUGCUGCCUCCACCGCCACCCUGCGCCAUGUGCCUC